GAUCUUUGUGUGGAGCUGUUGGAGAAAAGCUCCUCUCCCGCUGGCUGCAAUGACCGAGCGACUGGACCAUACUUUCUGUUUCCACAUAUGUGCGUGAGGCAGUUUCGGUUUUUUUGGGAGGCUUUCGGACGUUAAGAGCAGCGUAGUUUAUGAACCCCGAGCUUUUUUAGUGGUCGGUGCUGGCCUCUGAGGCUAGCUGGCUUUCCGUAGAGUGAAGCCAGCUGGUCGGACGGGGGAACGGGUGCUAGCAUACGGGCUAAUUAGCCAGAAAGACUGAGCCUGGAUUACUGUGUUGUAUGAUCAAGGGAAGCGCAGCUCUGCGGCUUCUGUCACUGCGGUAACUAUGAAGAUAACGGUGGAUUUUGAGGAAUGUCUCAAAGACUCUCCACGGUUCAGAGCCACCAUCGAGGAAGUGGAGGGGGAUGUGUGCGAGUUGGAAUCCAAACUGGACAAAUUGGUGAAAUUGUGUAUCGGGAUGAUUGAUGCUGGCAAAGCCUACACCGCUGCCAACAAACAGUUUGUCAGUGGGAUCCGGGAGCUUGCCCACCAGUCCACCAAAGAUGAGGUCAUUGAGUCUAGUCUCACAAAGUUUGCAGAGAGCCUGCAGGAGAUGAUCAAUUAUCACACGAUAUUGUUUGAUCAGGCCCAGAGAUCCAUAAAAAAUCAGCUGCAAACAUUUGUUAAAGAUGACCUGAGAAAGUUCAAAGAAGCCAAAAAACAGUUUGAUAAAGUGAGUGAGGAAAAGGAGACGGCCCUAAUCAAAAAUGCCCAAGCUCCUCGCAAUAAACAGCAUGAAGUGGAGGAGGCCACCAACAUCCUCACUGCCACACGCAAGUGCUUCCGGCACAUCGUCCUCGACUACGUGUUACAGAUUAAUGUUCUGCAGUCCAAAAGAAGAUCGGAAAUCCUGAAAUCAAUGCUGUCUUUCAUGUAUGCCCACUUGACGUUCUUCCAUCAAGGCUACGAUCUCUUCAGUGAACUGCAGCCUCUUAUGAAACAGCUGGGUGGACAGUUGGACCAGCUGGUGGUUGAUGCUGCCAAGGAGAAGAGGGACAUGGAGCAGAAGCACUCCACUAUCCAACAAAAGGCUGCUCUGCAGGAGGUGACAGAGUAUGACUUUUUGCCAGACUACCGCAUCUUUUGUGCCUGGAGGUCGAACUCCGACUUCUCGAACGAUGACACAAAGCUGGAGUACAAUGUGGAUGCAGAGAAUGGCAUUGCCAUGGAGGGUUAUCUCUUUAAGAGGGCCAGUAAUGCAUUCAAGACAUGGAACAGACGUUGGUUCUCCAUCCAAAACAAUCAGCUAGUUUACCAGAAGAAAUUUAAGGACAACCCAACAGUGGUUGUGGAAGACCUGAGAUUAUGUACAGUCAAGCACUGUGAGGACAUCGAGCGGCGCUUCUGUUUUGAAGUAGUUUCACCCACCAAGAGCUGCAUGAUGCAGGCUGACUCAGAAAAGCUGCGACAGGCUUGGAUCACAGCCGUCCAGAACAGCAUCGCCACAGCUUUCCGCGACAAGGGAGAUGACGGCGAGAAGCUCGACAGGAAGUCAUCCACAUCAACAGGAAGCUUGGACUCCGGAGGUGAGCCAAAGGAGAGGUUACUGAAGGGUGAGAGCGCCCUGCAGAAAGUUCUAGCCAUCCCUGGAAAUUCUUGCUGCUGUGACUGCGGCCAACCCGAUCCCCGCUGGGCCAGCAUCAACCUGGGCAUCACUCUGUGCAUCCAGUGCUCUGGCAUUCACAGGAGUCUGGGAGUUCAUUUCUCAAAGGUUCGAUCGUUGACUUUGGACUCAUGGGAACCAGAGCUGCUUAAGUUGAUGUGUGAACUGGGUAACAAAGCAAUCAACGAGAUUUAUGAAGCUCGUCGUGAAGAGCUGGGAGCCCGAAAACCACAGCCAGGAGACCCCAGGCAUGAGGUGGAGGCUUAUAUUAAAGCCAAGUACGUGGAUCGGCGGUUUGUUCGUCGACCAUCAGACGAGGAGCUUCGAAACAAAGUGGUUUCUCUCAGUAAACAGGAGAAGAGGCUAAGCAGCAGUACUGAGCAUCUGCCACCCAGAGCCCCUCCACCCACGCCAAAACUUGGUCCUGCUCUCAAUGUUCCAGGCCAGACCGCUGCCGCCGGCGGCGUGGAGGCCCGCCGCGACUCUCUCUUCUGUCCCGAUGAGCUUGACUCGCUCUUCUCCUACUUUGACAACUCCUCCAAACUUAGAAGCAUGAGGAGUGCAGACAGUGGCAUUCAGAACAGUGCUGAUGGGAGCAGGGAGAUGCUGGCCAACACACCUUCCAACAACAGCCUGGCAGAUGCAGAAGCAGCUGAGUCUCCUCCCAUGCCUUCUGCGGUUCCUCCUCAAAGGCCAUGUAAGGACAUGGUUUUCUACGAACCCAAAGAGUACAGCCCGGGUCUGCAGCUCUACUGGGCUUCGUGUGCCCGCAGCCUCAGAGACAUGGCAGAAGCUCUGGCACAUGGAGCUGAGGUCAACUGGGUCAACACGGAGGAGGAAAAGAGGACGCCACUCAUUAUGGCGGUGCAAGGGGGCUCUCUAGUCACAUGCGAGUUUCUACUUCAAAAUGGAGCAAAUGUGAACCAGCAGGACGCUCAGGGCCGAGGGCCGCUGCACCAUGCCACCAUGCUGGGCCACACGGGGCAAGUUUGUUUGUUUUUGAAAAGAGGAGCAAAUCAAAACGCAGCAGACAUCGAUGAGAAAACGCCCCUGACCGUUGCAGUGGAGGCAGCUAAUGCAGAUAUCGUCACAUUGUUGCGAUUGGCCAAGAUGAACGAGGAGAUGCGAGAGUCGGAGGGGCCCUACAGCCAGUCAGGAGAUGAAACCUACCAGGACAUCUUCCAGGAUUUCACUCAGAUGGCAUCGAACGACCCGGACAAGCUGAACCGCUACCAGUACGACACGCAGAGACCCUGACGGGCAGAAACGCCCUCCAGCAGCAUUUUUCCAAAAAGAGCAGAGACGUUCACUGAACCUCCUGCUUCAUUCACAAAAGACUGAUUCCAAGGCUCUGCAUCAAACAUCCCAAUCCCCACUGUGGCUUUUGUUGAAAAUUAUAGGCACUUAGUCAAACUUAUGCGAAUGGGAAAAAAAAAAACCUUUGUAUAUUAAUUCUUUAAAAUGUUAAAGGUACAGUAUAUUUAGUCUUAAGGGCCAAAAAAUCCCGAAUCUUAAAAUCAUCAUUCCAUUUGGCAGUUGAAAUAUUUAAUCUCUUUACCUGAUAACUUUUUUAAAUGUUGCUGUAGAAAAAAAAAAAAAAAUCGCAUGAAAGAUUUGAAUGUCUUUCUGCUUUUGAGAAUUUUCCUGCAGAUCCAAUCAAUUUUCUUUGUACAGAAGUUACGGAACCAAACAGUUGAGCUGUACCGUGGCUUUAAAAUACUGAUUUAAAUGUUCUGUGCUUUUUAUUUUUUUAGAAAUGUCUAAAUCACUUGAGUUUUAAACGUUUGAGUUUGUGUUGUUUAAGGGAAAGUGAUUCUUUGCUUUUAAAUUCAGUCUGAAAGAACAGUUAGUGGUUCUUUUUUAGAAAAAAAAUGCUUUAUGUGAAUUUUAAUCAUUUCUGGGAUGAAACUGUUUGUCUGACUGUAAUUUAAAACAAAUCUGGUCUUGCACGAUGCUUGCAAUACGCUCUAUUUCUGUUUAAACUGAGGAAAAAAUAGCCAUUCAGCGAUAUGACAACAUUUUAAAGCUCAUUAAUCUGAAAGUCAUGCUGCAACACGGGGAGACGGAUAUUUUGGUCUUUUUGUUUACGAGCUCAGUAUUUACAUCGAUGCAGAGAAGUGAACUGAAAUAAACCUAAAAGUAAUUUUCGGCUUGACCCUCAAAGCCUGCAGCGCUUAGCAGAACAAACUUUACCUGUCAGUCUGAGGAUCUGAAAGGCCCCUCCUCCCUGCUGACUGUGGGAUCCACAGAUCAGAACUGGACUUCUCUGUUCAACCUCUGCAGUCUUGUGAGGUGGUUUAGAGGUUUUGUGAGCAGUUGUGUAUCAUCCUGCCAGCUGAUGACUACAUCCUUCAUAUGUUAAAGGACACAACAUAUUUGGUGCUACAGUGAAACAGUUUUAGUCACUACUUUUUCCGCCUGAGCUUGGCUUGUUGUGAAUCCUAGAAGUGAUGAGACUGAAGAAAACAUUUGCUGCUGCAGGUAAACCUUAAAAACCUCAUGCUUCCUCCUCUAGCCUGGAACUAGAAAGGAAAAGACUCAGACUUGAGUCUAAAAGACUUUAUAACAGUUAAACUCCUGAUGGCCUUGUGGCAGCCCAUCAGACGUGAGAAUAGUAAACCCUCCUCUGCUUCAGUCGCAUUUUUAGUAGAAUAAUCGUCGCUUAUAAAAAGUAUGAUGUCAGCUGUUGAUCCGAAAUUGAAUCCAGAAUAUGUUUAAGAUUCUUAAAGCAUCUUUUUGGGUGAAAAAGCCCCCAAGACAACAAAAAACCACUGCAGGCUCAUCUUCAUCAUCGUGCAUCAACAUCAUGCUGUAGAAAGAGGCUUUAAACGUUUGUUUGGGAGGCAACACUAUUCCUCACCUGGAGGUAGGUUUGCAGCAUUAAACAGCUUAUUACCCACAGUGCUUUGUUUCUGCCUUGCACCUUUUUAUUUAUAUAUAUAUAUAAAUGAACUUUUAGACAGUAAAAGCUGCACCUAAUCAAACUGGUUUGUUAGUUUCAGUUGUUUGUGGGUUUUAAUGCUUUGGGGGUGAGGUGUGUAAAACAUUUCCGUCUGUAAAAGCAAAUUCACUGACAGGAACUUUUUGGUGUUGAAUCCUCCUAACAUUCUUCACAUGUAGGUUUGGAGGCAACCUUUUUAUUCAGCCAAUGGGAUCCAGUUCUUGUACAUUUUGUAGAAAAGUCUUAAAGAACUGAAGUUAGUGGUACUUGAAUCAUUAAAUAAGCUUUUUUAUAUGCUGUUCUUUGUAUGCUUCCAAUGCGACAACUCAUUUUAUACUGCCUGCCUUAAUGCCAAUGUACUGUAUAAUACACCUGUAUUACGUCAAAGAUUUCAAUACAAGCAUUUUGCCUUUUA